GGUUCCCUUCUACGUGACUUUACCGAAAGAACCAAGAAUAUAUUGCAAUUGGUAUUAAAACAAUUGGUUGGCAUGCCCUGUAACCUCAUACUUCCUCUCAUUUUUGUUUGCGUUUUGAGUCCCAACCUACAGGGCAUAGUGUGGUCUGCCACCAGCAUCAGAAUCUUUAUUUAAACCUCAGGAGGAGUAAUCCGAUGAGCUAUGAAGCUCUUUUUCACAGACGUCCCAGUAUGGGCACGGGGUCAGCGAGUUACAGCAGCAAACAAUACGCAAAAAAACCGCACGGUCGGAGAGCAAAAUAGAAAAAAAAUGGUAAGCAAGUCACUAAAAAUAAGUUAAAAUAAAUGUAUACGUCUGAUUCAUCAAACUUGCGCAAGGCAGCAAAAACAACAAGACAGUCCCAGACCACGCCCCAAGGUAACGCCACGCAGCAGAGUGGCCCCUCAAUAAAACGGCACCUUAACAUUGAACAAUCGAUACACGGCGAGUAAGGAUCAAAGUCACGAAUCACGUUGGCAAAUACGGCUGCUGUAUCCCGCACUCGUCUCCUGUGUCACCCUCGAGAUGCCACUCCUUCGGUGCGCUGAGCAACCCGCAGUAUAAAAAUAGCACACCGGUUGCCAGGCUGUGCCACCGUGGGGGCCUUUAGCACCGGUUCAGAUUCCUCCCCAUCCCACUGCUCGGACUGCAGCUGCUUGCUUAUCAUUGCGCAAUCACGUCCGUUCCAAGAGCGCUGUUCUGAGCCAGCCUGCAUCGGUCUGCGACGUCAGAUCCUACAUGACGGAACUGCGUCAAAGAAUACGCGCGCUCGUUGCAACAGCGUGAAGAAUUGGUCAUUGAUAAUGAUUAGACAUUUUAAAGAACGCGCUUUCUUAUCGACGCAUCAACCGCCACGCAGGUAGGCUGCCUGUUGCCAUUCUUGACGAGGUGGUGCUCGAAGACCUUUGACUGUAGAUAAACGUAUUUCCUCAAGCAAUAACGAUAAUGGCACGCUCUUGAUGGCGGUGAUGUGGAAUGAGGCGCGUGGUUAUAUGCCGCGUCAAGCUUGAGAAGUGGUCAUGGCAAAUGCCUCCGAUUCCGGCACAACUCAAUCAUUGAUUCUUUCAUCCCACCCAGACUUACAACAUGUUCUGUGGUUGUAAUAGUCCAACGGGGGAUACUUACCCUUAGGGAAACCGUGCAAAUUUAUGAAAGGGGCUUCCAAAGCUUGGUGGUAAAACAAAACCAAGCGCCAAAGCGACCCACAUUGCCAGCUUCAGGCGAUGACGUCAGUUAAUUGCUGUGAUAUUGAUGACGUCAGUCAAUCGCUGUGAUAUAGAUGACGUCAGUCAAUCGCUGUGAUAUUGAUGACGUCAGUCAAUCGCUGUGAUAUUGAUGACGUCAGUCAAUCGCUGUGAUAUUGAUGACGUCAGUCAAGCAAUGUGAUAUUGAUGACGUCACUGAAUCGCUGCGAUAUUGAUGACGUCAGUCAAUCGCUGUGAUAUUGAUGACGUCAGUCAAUCGAUGUGAUAUUGAUGACGUCAGUCAAUCGCUGUGAUAUUGAUGACGUCAGUCAAUCGCUGUGAUAUUGAUGACGUCAGUCAAGCAAUGUGAUAUUGAUGACGUCACUGAAUCGCUGUGAUAUUGAUGACAUCAGUCAAUCGCUGUGAUAUUGAUGACGUCAGUCAAUCGAUGUGAUAUUGAUGACGUCAGUCAAUCGCUGUGAUAUUGAUGACGUCAGUCAAUCGCUGUGAUAUUGAUGACGUCAGUCAAGCGAUGUGAUAUUGAUGACGUCAGUCAACCGAUGUGAUAUUUAUGACGCGCCUUUAUUCGGCGACAGCCAAAGCAUGGAUGGCAGAGAACCACACCAGACAUGAUGGGCACUAGAGAUGUAAGAAUGUUUUUUUUUGUCGGGACAUGGAAAGCACCGAUCAUUGCGGUUGGAGUUCCAACAGGUUCAGGUUGCAUUACUCCAAAGCGGCAGUGGAGCAAAGCAACCUGAACAAAAACAAAAACAAUACGACACGUGAUGUCAUGUCAUUGCGCGACCUGAACCAUGAUGUCGUGUUCCCCUGAUUUAUUACGUUCGAGGGCAUACAUACAUUGGAAAGGGUGUCGCAGAAACCAUGCGUAUGCAUGAUUUUUCUUCCUUGUUUAAGUAAAGAACUUUGAAUUAAAUACUCACUUGAAAGGCCCUACAGUGGGUUUGAUGUUCAGCCCGCAUACACACGAGGGAAUAUGAAAACAAUUAAUUUUGGGUUUGAGUUCCUCCCUUGUCAGGAAGUUUUAUACUUGUCCACUGCAAAUAAUCGUACCGGUUCAGCUGAAGGAAAUAUCCACCUCGGUCAUUUCUCUCCCUGCGUAUGCAUCGCACACUGUGUGCGCUCAACUGGUCAAGAGGCAGCAGCAGGCCAACGCUGAGAGAUUCGGGACGGCACAGCCCUGUCCCUUUAUUGUUGGGGGUGUCUUUGCUUCCCGUAAUUUGCUUUGCAAAUUUGGUACAGUGACCCGAGGAUUGGGGUCGCGCGACAUCCUCAAACCGUUUGUGCUGCGACGAUUCAUCCUGCUGCCCCUUCUCUUAAGUAGAAUGUGAGAAUGAGUUAAAUUUAUCUAAAUAUAACCCGCGGUUGGAAAACAUGCAUUUUUUAAAAUCUCAAAUUAUAAACACUGAGAUCUGCUUCUAUAGCUGCUCUUUAUUUUGGCAAAGUAUUUUUUGGAAAUUAGAUACUCGACCCAUUCCACCCCCAGUGCAUGUAAUGUACAUUUGCUUAAUGCACAAGUGUGACCAGGGGAAAUACACUUGGGCAUUUACUUUUCCUCGAAAAUGUAUCACUCCUUAACAAACGGUCAACUUAAGGAUAACGAUUACAAUCAGCUCUUUCACGCGUGCGUGUAUCUUUUGUAUUUGAGGAGUGUUGGUGUAAUAGUGUAAUAGUUCAUGUACCGUGAUACCCAUGGCACCUGGGUCUGUCCCGUGAUCUUCUGCAAGCAGGCCAUCAACACUUCACGUGGCCUUAGGUACGAUUCCUGGCCACGUCUAAAAGCAGCGGUAAUGGAAGUCUUACUGUGCCUCCCUAAGUUUGACUCAGCCUUAAAUUAGCCUUAAAUCAGUACCCAGUGUGAAUUGGAAACGUCAGAAUUGGGCAUAUAAAGGCAGCCAGCCGGGUGUGCUGUUGGCCACGCAAUGGAAUCAUGUGCUGCAUCGGCUUUAAGAUCCGCUAGAUAACACCACUUCCCCCAACAGUCUGUUGAAGGCUAUAUGGGGAUCCGUACCUUUGUCUUUUUGUACUCGUGUGUGCCUUUUUUUGCGUACAUUGUGAUGUGCGAGGAGGCAAAGAAAUUUGGGGGGUAUGUCUCAACAAUAACCGUGCCAGUUUAGCAGAAGGAAGUGAAGUUUGCCAGUCACUUCCUGUCCUUGCGUUCAUCAUACAUUGCACAGCGCGCACAGUGAUAAAGGUUUGUAUUGUACGCGUACGCAAGAGCAGCCAUGAGCAUCCAUACCCGGCCCUGGUAUUUUUCUGAGCUUGGUUGAACAAUGUUUUCCGCUUCAUUGCGAUGUCUGUGUUCCAAUAGAACAAAGCGAGGCUUUCUGAAUGGUACAUACAGGGCGUCUGGAAAGUUUCCGUGGAAUAUCUUAUGCUGAUCGGCAGAAGGGGAAACAGUGGAACGAGUGUUGAGCAACAAUGUACCAUUAAUUAAUCUGACAACCUGAGUCUUACUCCCGGCUCUGGCUAACGUCAGUGACAAAGUAGUCUUUAUUAAACCAAUCGUAACCUGCGUUGACUAGUUCGUUGAAGGACGGUCAAGCUCACGUCGGCUGGUAAUGAAUGGUGCGCCGUAGUAACCACCGCGUGUCGCUCGGCAUCACCACCACCACCACGAGGCAGCCUUCAGGGAAACGCCAAACUCUAAAAGCCCCCACGUGGUUAUUUCCCUCCCGAGCACCGCCCUGGCCAAUGCUGCGCAAGCCCCCACCUGCUUCUUACAAUUCAACUGCGCGGAAAAAUGACGGGAAUCAUUCCUCCCCCACCCCACCCCCUGCUUGGCAUCGCCCAUGUUUUGAAUUGCUCAUCGAAGAGAGUUUCGGAAUCUUUUCGCGUCUGCGAGUGAGCGGAGAAAUCACCUUCAUCUACAUUCGUGCCCAAACGUGUGUGUUUCUGCCGAUUUUUUUUUUGGCAAUGUAAGUCUGCUGUUGAAAACCUGCGAAAACGGCUGUGGAAAGCUCGCAAGACUGGUCCGUAUUUUGAAUAGUCGAGAAGCUGAAUGCGUCCUGGACGGGAUGGCACUGCUGAGCGACACGUGGCUGCUGAUGAAGAUGUGCCUGCGCUUUGGCGUCAUGGUGAUCAACAACCUGGUGGCCAUCCCAUCCUACCUGCUGUACCUGCUGGCGCUGCUGCCGCUGCGACUGUGCCGCCCGCGUCUCUUCUGGGAGCUCGAGGGCGUCAUGUUCAAGUGGCUCCUCGCCAUAGUGGCCUCCUGGGGCUGGGUGGCUGGAUACACAGUGGUGGAGUGGGGCGCGGACGUGGCUGCCAUAGCCGAGGACCAGGCGCUCGUCAUGGUCAACCACCAGUCGACGGGCGACAUCUGCACCCUCAUGAUGUGCCUGCAAGACAAAGGGACCACGAUUAGGCACAUAAUGUGGGUAAUGGAGCACAUAUUUAAGUUCACCAACUUCGGAUUGGUGUCUUGGGUGCAUGGGGAUUUCUUCAUCAAGCAGGGCAAGGCGCACCGCGAGCACCAGGUGGAACUACUGCGGCACCACCUGGGCCGCGUGUUCAGGCCCCGCGCGCGCCGCUGGCUCGUCCUCUUCCCCGAGGGCGGCUUCCUGCGCAAGCGGCGCGAGACGAGCCAGCGCUACGCCACGCGCCUCGGCCUGCCCGCGCUGCGCCACGUCACGCUGCCGCGGCUGGGCGCUGCCCACGCCGUGCUGCACACGCUCUCGCGGCCGCGCCCCGCGGCGGCGGCGGCGGAGGGCGCGACGCCCGCCAGCUCCUGCCUCAACGGGGGCGCGUGGGAGACGCCCAAGGACGGCACCCGCGGCGACGCUCGGGGCGCGACGGAGGCCGGCAUGCGGUGGGUGAUCGACGUGACCAUCGCGUACCCCAAUGCGGAUCCCAUGGACAUCCAGACGUGGGUUCUCGGCUACCGGCCCCCGAUAACCACGCACGUGCACUACAGGCUUUACCCGGUGAGCGAGGUCCCACUUGAGAUGGAGGCCCUCACCAAGUGGAUGUACCAGCGCUUCAUUGAGAAGGAGCACCUCCUGGACUACUUCUAUACGACCGGAGCGUUCCCCGCGCAAGCCGGUGAGACCGGGGAUGCCCCGUCGCGAGCCAUGGUCCUCGACCCCUGGUGGCUGCUCAUGUGUCAGCUGUGGUGCUUUCUCUCGGGCUACAUGUGGUUCAGCCUCCUGCGUUACAUCUGCUACGGCUUCAUCUUAUAGAGCCCCGGGACAACUUCGCUCGCCUGCGCACGCGCCAGACGGGCCGGCCGCAGUGGCGGUGGGCAAGACGGCGACGACGACAUCAGCAGCAGCAGCAGCAGAAAACAUAGCAGCGGUGAAAACCUGGCUCUGGAACUGCCUGCGUCGCUGCAAUAAAUACCCAGAGUAGAUGGACAAACUGUGUGUGGCAGAGGAUCGCUGGAUCUUUGGGGCAAGUGCCACUGCCGAGCGUUUGCUUUCCGUGGAUUGGACCAACGGCGCUCGUAGCUGCAUUCGAAUUCCUCGGCGUUGGCAUUGCCACCAUCGGAAUGUCCGUUUUUUUUAAUUUCAGACCAAGCCUGGCAAUUUCUGGGAGAAAACCCGCUCCUCCACGCGGGAAGUGUGAAUUUGCAAGCCGGGAGUGUUGGAGCGUGCAAAUGAGAGCCCAAAACCUGGACCUUCGUGGCUGCCAGUGAAAACGAUGCUUGCACCGCCCCACUGCUGCCCCCCACUUCCUACCCUGAAGAAGAAAAUGAAGCCAGUAAUUUAAAUAUAAUUUGAAACAUUUCUUUUUCUGUGUCAAAA